AUGGAGGAUAAAGCCCCAGCUUCUUCAAGUGCCCUAUCAGCGUCACUCCUCCCACCAUCCACUUCGGAAAACAAUGUUCAGGGUGUUUUGGGAAGCCCUGUGCUCCUUGCACUCAUUUUCAAAGCCUACCUUGCCUCUUGCUCCCUCGUCGAUUGGCAAAAGAAUCAUCGGAGCAGGACCACCCUCAAAAUGGUUUGCACGUUUUGGAAGGCGGUAUUGGAGCAUACACCGGAUCUGUGGUCGAACAUUACUUUGGUGAUUGGAAUGCCCCAAUGUUAUAUUGACCAGUUCUUCCGAUUGUCCAAGGCCGCUUCAAAGUGUGUGGACAUCCGGCUUCACGCGAACUCGGAGUCCGAGAUUGUCAACUUCACGUCUUACAUCGCCCCCAAGCUGAUCGAGAUAGCCAACACAAUUACGUGCCUCUCCGUGCAGUAUGAUACUCACAAGAACUGGAACUUUUUUACCGGUCAACUUUCUCUUUGGGACCCCCAGCCUAACUUCGCAUCACUUCGAGAGCUUCACGCGACUUGUUCUAACUAUUUAUACCAUCACUUCCCCGACGCCAUCACACAUUUCCCGGGACUUGCCACCGAAAUACGAAAUCUUCGCCUUCAUGGCCUGGCACUUACUCCCUCCAUCGUUGGCUUUAACCUCGUUUCUUUGGCCCUGUUCAGCUUAGACUCGGUCUGCACCAACGCGGCAUCAUCCCAUGCUUUCGUUGUGAACCUUAUACAUUGUCUCCGUCAAACUCCCAGUCUCCGCGCCCUUUCCAUUGGAGACUUAAAUGAGUGUUUCAUUCAGGAGUCUGUUGUCCACAACUUUACGGUGGUGCUUCCGAGGCUACAAAAUUUAUACUAUCUUUGCAACAUGCCCUUGGAGCACCCUUGUGGCUUCGUCUUAUCCCACAUCUCAGCUCCACAACUCCGAAUCCUUUCCAUCUGCUUAACCAACCCUCACAAUACGCACGCCUUUGUUUCGGCAAAUCUAUCCAAGCUUUCAAUCAUUACCGAGCUGCGCCUGACUGGAGACGUACAAGAUUACAUCGAGCCUUCGGGGGGUCGCAUGGGGCUCUUGCCAUUGCUGAACGGGGGCCCAUUGCAACAUCUCAGUGUUCUUGAUAUUGGUGGCUUAUUUGAUCUCCAUGCUGAGCAAAGAGCUUCGGUCCCAACCGGUCUUCUCCGAGCCUUUGUCCAUGGGUUAUCCCUUCCCGCUAUCCGCCUCUUGGUCGUGCCCAGAUUAUUCUUGUCUCACACUCCACCGCACCACUUGAUGGAGUCUGUGUUCAAGAAGCUUUUGCAGCGCGCGGAAACCAAAUCUGUCUAUGAAGAACACGCAUUCUGUCUUCCUUCCGAUGUUGAAGAAGACCAUUCCGCUUGUGGCUGUCUUUGGUUGUGGGACGGUGAAGCACUUGACCUGAAGACCCAUUCCACCCAUCCCACCACUGCAGGUCAUGCCUCCUUUCUUCCUUUCACAUUCCCCUAG